AAUUAUAUUAUUUUGUGUUUGCUUUUAAAAAAAAAAGAGAUUAUGUGUGUCUUGAUAAUAAUAUUUUAUAUUAUGUUAUUUCCAUAAUAAAUAUUUUACUAUUAAUAAAACUUUUAUUUUAUUAUUUUAAAAACAAAAAUCAAAAACCAGAAACCAAAAUCUAAAAUCACCAUUCAUGAUUUUUCAGAAACUAAAAUCUAAUGCAAAAUCAAAAACCAAAAAUCAAAAUCUAAAAUCCAAAAUCCAAAAACUAAAAACCAAAAUCCAAAAUCUAGAAACUAACCAAACAAUCAUCACCUUAAUUUUCUUACAUCUAGAUAAAUUCUCCUUUUGAACAAAAAAAAGGAAAAGAUAAUUCUCCUAUAGUCCUAUUUAUUAAAAAAGAGUUAAUUCUCCCAAAAUAAGGACGCAAGUCAAAGACCCCUUAACAAGUAUAAAGUUGCUUCUUCCGCAAGAAACUUCAAACUCUUCUCCCAUUAACCUCUUCCUCGUCUCUGCAACUUUAAAACAUUCUUCCUCUGGAGAUUUCUUCCUAAACCCACAGAAGCUUUAUCUCCGGUGAUUUCUCUGUCUCUCUCUAAUGGCGGACAAUAAAGAUUUAGACUCAAAUCCUCCCGCAGAAGAUCUAACGAUUUGCCCAUUAAAGAAGAUAGAAAUAGCACACGAGUCCGAGUCUGAGCCCGAGCUCAAGAAACAGAAACUCAAAGAGCUCCAGAGAAAAGCUUAUUACUCUGUUCUCCAUACUUCCAAAGCAGAAAACUCGGCGACAUCACACAAGAAGUCUCACAUCAUACAAAGGUUGAUGAACGAGUGGAAGAUCGAUCAAGAAACACAUGUCUCUGUUGCUAAAAAGGUUGAUAACUCUGAAAGGAAUGCAACUUCGAGUCUCAACUUUGUUCCAGAGUCUCUUGUUGUGAAACGUAUCAGUGCAAGAUUGCCUAAUGAAGAGUGUCUCCCAAGUAACAAAAAUAUGAAACUCGAGGAGCUUCAUAAACAGGCUUACGAAGAUGUUCUCAGCGCCUUUAACGCAGAGUCUCCAACACUAUCCAGCUCAAGGGUUUUAAUUGUGCAAGACCUGCUUGAAGAAUGCAACAACAUCGACCACAAAGCUCAUAUCAGUGCCAAGAUUUAUGAUAAAGUCGAAACUGAUCCUUUACUGGUCGAACCGUUCAUCAAAUUUUUUAACACCUUAAAGAAGUUUCACCCUGCCGGCUGCAGAUUUCUUCCAUCAGAUGAUAUGAUGGCAAACUAUUAUCUGAGGAACAAAGUUCUAGAGCAGCCAAUAAACGCAUGUAUCAUACCUGGAGAAUGUCCCCACAUCUUCUCAAUACCUCCUCGUGAUUUGCCUGGCUAUCCAAUAGAAACAGAAUGGCAUUGCUAUUGCAGAAAACCUAACGGCCAAGACCCUCGGAGUCUCUGGACACGAAUGGGUGAAGAUACUAUUGUGUUUGGUCUAGAGGGAAACAGUGUUGGUAUCAAACGUACAUAUGCUCUCACUGAUCAGGAAAAAGGAUCUGAUGAUAUUUUUUUGCCUGGCGAGAUAGAACCUCCAAGGGAAGAGUGGUUCAUUGAAGAAAUUAGUCUCCCACCGUCUGUUGUUGAUACUGACUUGGUUUUCUGCCAUGUUAUUCUCAACAAAAUUGAGAAAAAAGAAGAAUAUGAAGAGGAAGAAGAAUAUGAUGAUGAUGCUGAAGAAGAAUAGGAAAAUUGUUGAUUUGUUUCCUCUGACUUCUUAUCUCAAAAAAUACUCUAAAUGAUUCUGUUUUUAGGGACUAAGUGAUAUGAUCUUUGUUUUUAGAUUGAAGUCUCUAUAAUCUAGUGAAAGUGUGAAACAUUACAUAAUGCUCUGAAGAGUUUUUUUAUAAUCAUUUUCAGACUUUUAUGAGUCAGACACCAAAAAAAAAAAUCUCAAAAACCUUGACAUGGCAGUGAUCUCAUCCUGCAUUCCCUGCAAAUUUAAUCUUCUUUUCCUUCUGUGGCCAUUCCUUGAGAAAAAGGUAGGGAAUACACGAAGAAAAAGUUGGGAAAUUGAGGAAGAAACAUAUAUCAGGUUUUUUUUUUUUUUGCACGAGUAUUUCUAGACGAGCACACUUGUGUGUGGCUCUUUGAUAAAAAAUAAUGACAUUGAAAAUUUUGCAUUGAUACUAUUUUGCAUUGAUACUAUUACUCCUCUAAGUCCUCUUCCAAACUAUUUUAAGAUAUAAUGUGGUUUGGGUAAAUAUAAACAGAGUCAUUACAACUCUUUUGGUCCAACCUUCAAAAGGGCACCAACUAGUCUCCUGGUAGUAGUAGUAGUCGUAAUAAUCUGUCUGUAAUUUUUUUCUUUUUUUUAAAGGAAAGUUCUGGAAGAAACUGCUUUUAACGUUCAAGCUGUAGAAAAGAAGCUGCAGUUCGCAAAAGCAGAACUGUUCCGGUAACAAACAUCAAGGUAAUUGUAUAAAACAAGGCAAACAAAAAUGUAUGUAUGGAAAAUGAAGAGAGUUUUUGUAAAAGAGUUGUUGAGGUUUGCAACACACUAACAUCUGAGGAAAAAAAACUUAUAAAUAAAAUCUUUGUUUUUAUUUUGUAUAUAAAGUAAAUUUGUUUCAUCAGAUUUGUGUGUGUUUCACAUCUCUAGACAUAUAUUAAAGGCUGAACAUAUUUCACAUCUCUACACGUUUUUACUGUGUCAAUUGUAAUCCGAAAUUGUUUUUUUUUACUACGAUCAAACUUAUUUUAUAUGCUGUAAAAAAAAAUCAAACUUAUUUUAUGAAUGGCCUUGAACACAUGCCUUGUCAAAAUCUUUCAAUGUGAUAAAUUUCUAAACAGCAUACAUUUUGUUUCAGCGGACCAUGGACCUACAUGAGUGUAAAGUUUAUUUCAUGAAUGGAAGUUGUGUUUAAAAAGAAAAAGAGUGUUGCCCAUAUUUAUUUGUGAUGACCGGUUAUUUUUUCUAUGCUCAGGACCGGACCUGCAUAUGAGUGAAGGAGCCGCUUUGAUCUCCACGACUGCAACACCAUUUCCUGAGAGGUAGACUCAUCGUGGCUCAUUGCCGUAACCUCAUCAUAUAAAUGUAUGUUUAUUCUUAUGACUUGAGCAAGAAAUUUUUUAUUCUUAUGAGAAUAUGUAGAAUCAUUUCCAUUACAAACUCUCUGUCACCUCAAUAGUAACUCAUUUGAAUCAUACUGGGAUGGUCAACUGGAUUGAACGAGAUUAUUAGUCUGAUUGGUCGAAAGAUUUGAAACAUACAUAUAAUCAUUAUUUCCCUGCUAAAUAAGAAGAUUAUAAAGCCUAAAAGCAAAAGGUUGGAGCAUGAUAUAUAGUACAAAGAAAAAGUUGAUCCUCUAUCGAACAAAAGAAA